UUUCACAUUGACUGCAACUCCCAUCAAAUUAAAUGCAGCUCGUGACUUUCCCCGAUUCUAGGACUGUAUUAUUUAAGCAGAGACGGCAGAUGGAUUGACCUCCAGCACUCAACGUGUCUAUCUGGCGCGGUGCUGCUGCUAGUUUAUAUGGCUUGUCUUCUGCGUAACACAGGAUGCGCAGAGAUGGACCACAGUGGACAGGACAACAUGAGAUAUUUAUGAAAAGUUUCCCCGAAGAAUCCGUCCUCGCCCGGAUCAAGAAGGACAAUGUCUGUGAAUAUCUCGAGCACACUUCAACCCGCGCUCUUUACCUACAAUGUUCCAGCGCUCGUGUUUGGGAUUUUGCUUAUCAUUGUUAUCAUCUGUGGAAAUGUGCUCGUGUGCCUUAGUGUUUACAAGGAAAAAGCGCUCAAGACGACGACAAACUAUUUCAUCGUGAGUUUGGCUGUGGCAGAUUUGCUGCUAGCAGUUCUGGUUUUACCCCUGUUUGUCUAUGCUGAGUUUCAAGGAGGUGUUUGGUCCUUGGAUGUGUCUGUCUGUGAUGGACUGAUGACUAUGGAUGUAAUGCUGUGUACAGCGUCUAUAUUCAACCUGUGUGCAAUCAGUGUGGACAGGUUUAUAGCUGUGUCCAUCCCGCUGAACUACAACAGAAAACAUGUUGACUAUCGGCAAAUUAUCUUACUGUCUGCGACGUGGCUGUUGGCGCUGGCCGUCGCAUGUCCUGUCAUCUUCGGAAUAAACAAUGUUCCCCAAAGAGACCCCAGUGAAUGCAAACUCGAGGACAACAAUUAUGUGGUGUAUUCAUCCGUCUGCUCCUUUUUCAUCCCGUGCCCCAUUAUGCUCAUGCUGUACUUUGGGAUGUUCCAUGGUUUGCGCAAGUGGGAAGAAGCACGCAAAGCCAAACUGAGGAACAGUAUCCAAGCCUGCCGGAGUUUACAGCACGCUGCAGUGGCUGCUGCACUCCCGCCAUUAGGGGCUCUGCCUGCGUCUCUGCCCCGGGUCAUUGAGAGAGAUUUGGCCCAGUCUAGUCUUGAAGAACUUGACGACUUCACUCAACCCGUUUGCCCCUUCCCACCAGAGUAUAAAAACAGUGCAAUACAAACUGUGGCCUACUCUGACAUUCAAUAUGGCCACACAGCCCAAAGAAAGAAGAGGGCUAAGAUCAAUGGAAGGGAGAGAAAAGCCAUGAGGGUUUUACCUGUUGUUGUGGGUGUUUUCCUCUUCUGCUGGACUCCUUUCUUUGUGGUUCACACCACUCGAGCUCUGUGUGAAUCCUGCCACAUUUCUCCAGACCUGAUGAGCACAGUGACAUGGCUGGGUUACGUGAACAGCGCUCUCAACCCAAUUAUCUACACCGUCUUCAACACUGAAUUCAGGAAAUUCUUCCGAGGAUUUCUACCUCGCUGCUGCUGCUGACAUCCACCGUAAAUGAUGCUGAAGACGUUUAUACUCGUGAACUCAACUGUACUGAUUUAUUUUGUUUUUUUUAUUCUGCCAAUACUCUGUCUGUUUGUGCCUACAAUGUACUGCAUCUGUAUUUUAUAUACUGUACAGCGAACUGUCUUUUCAGUACAAAAGAUAUUCUCAGUGGUGCCUGCCUGGAACAUUUCUGCAUCUUAAAACAACGCCAUGCCAUGCUGUUAAAAUAUGCCUCAGUCUGAGUUCACUUUAAGCGCCCCAUUAAAGUUUAGGAGCUCUAGUAUGAUAGGUUCACAUCCAUCCAAGAUCAGAAAAACACAAUUUUACCUUAAAAUACAUUGCAAGAGCGUCUUAUAUUCUCAGUAUAUUCUCACCAUUUUUUUUUUUAAAACAUAUUUCUAAAGGUGCCACUGACUUUAAAUUUUCUCCGGAUAUUGGUAACAACCAAAGAAAUCCAUAAAUACAAAGAAAACUAGUUUACAAAUUAUGUGUAAUAAAUGAAAUGACAAGAAACAGUAUUGAACACAUGAGAGAGGUGUAGAAAGGCAGUGAAAGCCCAGACAGCAGCUGAAAUCUCUCAGUAGUUCUUCAGCAACCAAAUUAGUUGCUUCAGUCCAACAUCUACACUAGCAAGAUGAAACCAGGGUGGACAUUUCAGCAAGACAAUGAUCCAAAACACAACCAAGGAAACUCAAAUGCUUUCAGAGAAAGUAAAAUUAAACUGUAGAAUGGUCCCAACAAUUACCUGACUGAAUCCAAUAGAGAAAACAAAAUAAAGAUCAGAUUUGAUAGACGAGACCCACAGAACCAUCACGAUUUUUACACUUUGUUGAAGUCUGUAAUAAAUAAUCAGACCUGAGCAAUU